AUGGCCUCAAUUUCUUCACACCAAUAUCCACUGGUGAAGCUACCACACCCUUUUUUGACCGCAUAUCGGAUCAAUGCUGUCUCAAAUACAAAUCCAGCCAAGCUCAAUUUGGCAUUCGACAGCCAACCUGCGAAUGGACGUCCUUUGCCUCAGCCUUUGCACCUCGAUUCUUUGACUUGGCGCGAGCUUUCCCUCAUUCCCGAAGCCCAACGACCGCCUAUCAAUGAUAAUACUGCUUGGGGUCGGGCACGUCGGAGUCCUGAGACUACAUUUGAAUGGUCUGGAGAUAGUGCGCCUUCUCUGGGCCAGAUUUGGAACGUGAUUCAUGGGAUCAACCUGUCACACCCGACAAACGAAUAUUUCCGGCUGCAUCUUCAAGGUUCUGGUAGCGAUAUUAUUCGAAGUGAGCUACUAUCCACUGGCCUAGCUAUUGUUCACCCAAAGCCCUUCCAACCCUGGUCCAAAGGGUCUGAGGAGUUUAAUGAGUUGUUGGUGCUCCGAAGUUCCUUCUGGCAGGGCGCCGCUUCUCCCCUGGGCCCUCGUCCGAUAUGGGCCCUGGGAGACGGUACAGAUGGUCCUGUGCGUGAAACGUUGGCAAACUACCCCAUUAUGCCAGAGAAUUACCAAAUGACAUCGAAGUUCCCUGCCGAGCCCGUAUAUACCCGGCAUCCGACACGUCGCCCCAAGCCGCACCCCGGGUCCAUUGCCUACAGCCGCUAUAUUCCUGAGAUAGAUGAACACUUUUCUCUCGAAGUGGUGGAUUGGCAAAACCCCGAGCAUUUGAAGACCUUCAAUAAAUGGCAAAAUGACCCACGCGUUGCCCAGGGAUGGAACGAGACUGGCACCUUGGAUGAGCAUCGCGAAUAUCUCUGCAAGUUACACUUCGAUCCUCAUGUGCUUUGUUUGUUCGGCCGUUUCAACGAUACACGCUUCUCCUACUAUGAGCUUUACUGGUCUAAGGAGGACCACUAUGGUGCGCACUAUGAUGCUGGUGACUACGAUCGCGGUCGCCAUUCUCUCGUCGGAGACUCUUCAUUCCGCGGCGCGAAACGGCUGCAUUCAUUACUGCUUUUUGGACGAUCCUCGAACCGCGAACGUGGUGGGAGAACCCAAAGCUGCGGGUCCGAUUAUUCUCUCUCCUACGAGAACGCCCAGGGUUUAACGAUUGGAAAAUACGUUGAUUUGGGUCAUAAACGAUCGGUUCAUUCUAUUGCAAGCAGGGAAAAGUGGUUCCAACUGUGCCCACUUUGGUGGGACGGCCGUGAGCGACCGCUCGAAUCGGCCGAUCGCGCUGCCUGGAAUGCUAAGCUGUAA